AUGGCGUUUUGUGACUUAUCAAUGGCUUUGAAUACCUUGCUUUUGCUUGCUCUGUUCGUCGGAUAUGGAGUAAAUGCUGUUUUCUUGCCAAAUGUUCAUCCGCAAAAUUUUGAAAAGAACGAGAUUAUUCCUAUUCAGGUGAAUGUAUUGACAUCUGUGCGAACCCACGUGCCCUAUGACUAUUAUGAUCAUUUUCCGACAUGCCACCCCAUCGCGCCCCUCGGAGGUAAGGUGGGUAACAUUGGUGGAGUUCUCAUGGGGGAUCGUAUCAAGUCGUCCCCUUACGAAAAUAUUCGUUUGCUACACAAUGUUACGUGUGAAAAGAUGUGUGAAAAGGAAUUUUUAAACGAAAAACAGCGGGCCUUUUUAGUUAAGGCUAUUAAAGCAGAAUACCGCAUCAACUUGCUGCUAGAUGGACUGCCGCUUGCUGAGGUCAAUAAGAAACAAGAGUAUGAUAUUGGAAUUCCUCUUGGUUACAUGAGCCGGGACGUUGUUUACAUUAAUAACCACAUAAAAUUUACGAUAAAGUAUUCUUUAGAGGAAGUAAGGAAUGCUAAUGGGGAAUUCGUGCAGAAGUAUCGAAUAUUAUCCUUUGUUGGUAAGCCAUACUCUUUGGAUUAUCGUCCCGAACAUGUCUGUGAAGCAUCGUGGACGGAAAAGGAUGUGAACUCUCUAAAUCCCCUGCCUGUCACGAAUGAUCGUAUUAUUUGGAGCUAUGGUGUUUCGUGGAUACGAACUGAGGAUCAAUGGUCCUCUAGGUGGGAUGUUUAUCUAAAUAUUCAUGGGAAGAAUAUUCAUUGGUAUUCUAUUAUUAAUUCUACGCUUUUUGUUGUAUUUCUUGCACUAUUUAUUGCUGCAUCCAUGAUUCGUAUUGUUCGACGAGAUCUAAGUAGGAUGACUGUUAUUGACCUUGAAGAAAAUGACGUGCCAGAUUACACAGGUUGGAAGUUGCUAAAUCGGGAUGUUUUUCGCCCGCCAUCACACGGAUGGCUUCUUGCCUGUUUUACUGGAACUGGGGUGCAGCUUAUAGGGAUGGCAUUUACUGUGCUCAUUUUUGCCUCUCUAGGGUUUUUUUCUCCACAAAGUCGCGGCAGUUUAUUUACUGCACUUCUGGUUUUUUUGGCACUUUUAGGCUUGUAUGCUGGAUAUACAUCAGCAAGAUUACUCAAACUGUGGAAUAUGGGAAAGUGGAAGUAUGUUUUUGCUACUGGAACACUUAUUCCUGGAGUGGCUUUCGGAACUUUUUUUAUGAUGGAUUUUCUGUUAUGGUCACAAUCAAGUAGUGCUGUUGUUCCGCUGUUUUCUUUAGUCAUCGUUAUGGGAAUGUGGCUCUUUGUCAAUGUUCCUUUGGUUUUUUUUGGUGCCAUAAUGGGAUUUAGGCGAAACACAAUAUCGGUUCCUUCGGUUUAUAGCCAAAUACCACGUCAUGUACCUUCGCAACCCUGGUAUAACAAAAGAAUGUUUGUAAUAUUUUCAGGUUUUCCUCCUUUUUUGGCGGUUUUCAUUGAAGUCUACUUUAUUCUCGAAGCCCUCUGGUUAAAUAGGUACUAUUACGUUUUUGGUUUUUUGCUGCUUGUGGCCGUAAUUUUGCUCUUGACCACGUCAGAAAUAACGAUAGUCAUGGUAUAUCUUUCCUUAUGUGCCGAAGAAUAUCGCUGGUGGUGGAGAGCUUUUCUUAUAGGAGCAAGUUCAGGAUUGUUUUUUUUCCUGUAUUCUGUUUUUUAUGCCAUUGUGGGAAGUUUUCAUAUGGUUGGUUUUGUCCCAUUGGUGAUGUAUUUGGGAUAUAUGGCCUUGUUUAGCCUUUUAUUUGCCGUGACGAACGGAACUAUUGGCUUUUUUGCUUGUUUUUGGUUUGUACGCUAUAUAUACCGGUUUAACAAGGCGGAUUAG